GAUAGACAAGUGAUAAAUAAAGUGUGUAAAUCCCGUCAAAUUAUACACAUGUCGAUAGAUAUUUUGUUGUAGAUAAUCUUCAAUGAAGAAGGUCAUUUAUCCCAAAAUGUAUUUGUUUCUUUAAGUCAUUACGGAUUAGUUGAGAAAGACAAAAACAUAUUUAUAUAUUUUAGUAAGAAUGUUUUAUGAAAAAGUUGAAAGUGAUAAAUUGACAAAUAUGAAUGUUGAAAAUAAUUCUGGUAUUAUAUCCUCUUCAUCUUCAUGCUCAACAUCUCCAUCGCCAUCUUUAGCAUCAACAUCGACAUCACCACCAUCAUCAUCAUUUGGAGGUAUAGACAAUACACAGAAUUUGAUUAAUUCAAGUAAAAUAAGUUCACGUAUACUAGAAGAUGCAGCUUUACAAUUAUGGACAAGUUUAAAUUUGGAUAGAUUUUAUUUCAGUAAUGAAUUAAUACAAUUAACUGCAAAAUUACAACAAAAUAUUGCUACAGUUGCUGCUAGUCUAAAUCAACAUCAACAUCAGCACCAACAGCAACACCAACAUCACCAUCCACAUCAAUAUCAACACCCUGAACACGAACAACAUCAGCAUCAGUAUCAUCAUCAUCACGAGAAUUGUAUUCAUAGUAUUCAACACCACCCCCACCACCACCAACAACAACAACCACAACACCAACAAACAUAUCAUCCUCAUCAUCAAAACAUGAAUAAUAACGAUAACCUGGUUAAUAUUCUACAGUCACCUAAUCCUUAUCUACAUUCCCCCUUAACAUCACCUUCAGUAUCAUCAUUGGCAGCUGUAACAUCAUCUUAUAAUUCCAUUUUACAUGAUAAUGUACAAAAAACUAUGAGUGGUACUCAUAACAGUAAUAAUAACACUAAUAUUAAUAAUAAUACUAAUCUAAAUUAUAAUAAUAAUGAAUUUCCAUUAUCAUUGAUUAAUUACUCAAAUGUAUCAAAAAUUGCUCAACUUGCAUCGUCUACUGCAAACUUUUUUAACUCAAAUUUAACAGGUUUAACAUAUCCGAAUGAUAUGUAUUUAAAAUGUACUAAUAAUCAUAAUAAUAACGAUAAUAAUAAUAGUAGUAAUAAUGGUAGUGUAACCACUACUCCAACUGUCGCUAUUAAACCAGAUUUAGAUGCCACUACUAGUAGUAGUGGUACUACUAUUACUGAUACUCAUACUACCCCUACUAACCCUCCUAAUACUUCUACUCCCACUCCUACUAUUAUUAAUACGAAUACUAUUACUGAUUCUGAUGUAUUUAUGAAACAAAUUAAUAAUGUGGAUAAUAUUAAAAAGGAGAAUUUAAACGAUAAUUCAAUUAACCAAGACACUAAUGACACUAAACCUCAGAUACAAUAUCAUCAUUAUCUUCAUCAAAAACAAGAAGAACAUCAACAGUCAUCUGAAUCUGGUGCCUUUGAUCCAUCUACAGAAAAGCAGCGUUUAUCAAAUGAAGUACAAGCACAAGAAGGUGAACAAGAACAACCAGAACAGCAACAGCAACAACAACAGGAUGAAAAGCAAAAGGAGGAAACUUCAGUAGAGUUAAGUAAACCGAAGCAAACAUUAUACUCUUGUACAAUAUGUCGACAAAGUUUUCAUUCAAAUACUGGUUUAAGACGUCAUAAUUUGGCAUUACAUGCAACUAAGGCAAUGAGAUGUGAUCAAUGCAUAAAAGUUUUCAGACAUCAGGCGGCUUUAUCAGAUCAUAAAAAACGUGUUCAUGGUCCACGUGAAUAUAUUUGUGGUAUAUGCUCAGCGGAUUUUGCUACUGAAACAUAUUUACGUUCACAUGUACGCAUUCAUGAUGAAAAAAGAUAUAUAUGUUUAGAGUGUAAACAUGGCUUUUCAAAUCCUUCUGAUUUAAAAAAUCAUAUGAGAAUACAUAAUGGAGAGAAACCAUUUGAAUGUGAAGUUUGUGGCAAAGCAUUUCGUCAUGUCAGUGGAUUUUAUGCACAUAUACGCAUUCAUACUGGUGAAACACCAUAUCAGUGUGAAUUAUGCGCAAAGAAAUUUAGCAAUGCAAGCAAUUUUCGAAUGCAUAGAAGAGUACACACUAAAGAAAUGCAAUUUCGCUGCCAAACAUGUGGUAAAGAAUUUAUUCAACCAAGUAAUUAUAGUCGACAUUUACGUAUUCAUACUAAAGAAAGACCAUAUUCAUGUAAACUUUGCUCAGCUGAAUUUCUAUAUUCUACAUCUCUGAAACGACAUCAACAACGAAAUCAUGGAGUAGAGCUAUUAAGAUGUCAAUUAUGUCAAAAAACUUUUUUAAAUGAAUCAUGCCUUAUUCGUCAUCGUACUGGUUGUGAGUUACGCGCUUGUGUUAAAACUGCUGAUGAAGGUUUAUAUACUCAAUUAUUAUAAAAUCGUAUAUAGAAGACAAAAACUCAUAAAGUAGUAAAGUAUCAUCAUCUUUAUGCUGAUGAGAUUCAGACGAAAGCGAAUUAAGGAUUAUAACUCAGAAAGUCAAUUUUUGUUAUUGUUGUUAUUUAUUUUUGUUCGUUUUAUUUUCUUUCGAAUACACCAUUCAGAAAAAGCGCCUUUUUUUGUUUAUUCAUUCAUUCUCAGAUUGUUGGUUGUUGUUUUUCUUUUUCGUUAACUCGUAUAAAAUUUAACAAAGAAACUAUCGUUAUUUGUUUGUUUGGUUGUUUUUUCUCCAGCUUUUGUAUUCUUUGUUUUUAAAUUCAUAUUUUGGAUACACACUUUAUAACAUUUUGUUUGAUACAUAAUAAAUAUUGUUUUUUCGUCUUCCUGUUCAAACUAUUUUUCGAUGUAUUUUGUUUUAUUUUACUGAUAUUCUCGGUGGGUAUUUUGUUUGUUUUUACAGCUAAGAAGAAAUAUUCCCAUUCAUCCAACUCACAUUUCUACAUAUUUUUUUAAAAACUAUUCUAAUAAAUUAACUAUUGUUCGUUAAUUGUAAUAAUUAAUAAAAUUAAAUAAUUAGAGGUAAUAACAUUUAUAAUAAUAAUAAUAAUAAUAACAAU